AUGUUGUCCAACACUGGAUCUCUCGUGUUCGGCUUGAUGCUCGGCGUUGCCCAGCUCACCAACGCCUCUCCCUCCGACUCUAUGGUCGCUUUCACUUCUCCUAUCUACCCAACUGCCACCGACUCCAUCCCUCCCCCUCCUCCCGUCUCAACUGCCACUGGUAUGCCCGCUCCCCCAGUCUCAUCUGCCACUGGCACUGAGGUUGCUCCUCCAGUCUCUACCGACGACUGCCUUGCCAAGUGCCAGAAGGCUCGCGACGACUGCGGUGUUGCACCCGAUGCCAACCAGGCUACCUGCGCUGCUGAGUUUGCUACCUGUGUCGGCUACUACCCCUACGACGACCAAGGCAACUUCGUCCCCCCCACAGCUUGCGCUUCUGCUACCACUCUCGCUUCUACCAUGAAGCCUACCGAGACCGCCAAGUCUACCGAAGUCGAGAAGCCCACCAAGCCCAUCGAGCCUACUGGUGGCGAGACCGAAAAGCCCGAGCCUACCGAGACCAAUGUUAUUGUCAACGGAGCUGGCCACGUCUCUGGUGGACAGGCCCUUGGUCUCCUUGGUGCUGUCGGCGUCGCUGCCCUCGCUUUCCUUUAA